CAGCAGUUGAUUGGCAUAUUUCAGUAUGUUGAUAAAGACAGAUCUGGGUACUUGAGUGCCAGGGAAUUGAGCGAUGCUUUAUUUAAUCAUGACGGGACAAGGUUCGAACCUUCUACAAUUAGAUUAAUGGUCAAAUUAUUCGAUAAAGACAAUUCCAACUCUUUAGAUUUCAAAGAAUUUUACUUCUUAAACAGAUAUCUAAUUUACUGGAGAAAGACAUUUCAUGAAAUGGACGCCGACAGAAGUGGUACAAUCACUUAUGACGAGUAUCUAGUCACUUUACAAAAAUUCCAAUUCAAUUUAUCUCCAAAUUUAUCUCAAUUUUUAUUCAAUAGAUUUGCUAAAGUUGACUUCAAUCCAUAUGGUGGAAAUGCUUUCGAUCCAUGGGGCUCUCCAAGUGGUACCAUCGAUCCUCAAAAAAACAUGAAAUUUGGUCAUUUUAUUGAAAGUUUGAUUUGGUUGCUAAGAUUCACAAACUUAUUUAGAGCUUAUGAUAAACGAGGAAAUGGUGUAGCUCAAUUCAAUUUUGAAGAUUUCAUCUAUGAA